AUGUCAUUUUUAAAUGGUUUAUUUGGUCUCUUUAAAAAGUUGACCUUAUUUAUUUUGAUUUUUGCUAUUGCUAUUCCUCUUCGUUAUGGUUCAACAAAUCUUAAAUAUCUUCAAUUUCGUGUAUUACAUUCUAUGCUAUCGUUGAAAUAUUCUUUCGUACCGGAUCAAGUUCGACCGACACUUAGUGCAGAAUAUCGAGCAUUUGAAACUCUGCUACGUAUGAACCCACCAUCGAAACGUGAUCCAUUUGCUGAUUUACUUACUUCAGUCAAAGAAUUCCGAGCAUCUUUUAGAUUCGAUACUAUCCUUCCUAAACCAUCUCAAUGUCAAGUCAAUAAAGAAAUAUUUGAAUAUAAUGGACAUACAAUAGAUGCAUAUUGGAUUAAUAAUCAUCAAAAAAAUUUUACAAGAAAUCUCGAUAAUGUAUUAGUCUAUUUGCAUGGUGGUGGAUAUAUGUUCGGUGAUAUUCAAGGCUAUAGUGGAUAUGAAUGUCAUUUGUCUCAACUUUUCAACAUAUCUGUACUUCAUGUGGAAUAUCGUCUUAUUCCUGAACAUCCAUUACCAUCAGCUGUCGAAGAUACAGUUGCAAUCUAUCGUGCUCUUCUUCACAAUUACACUUCAUCGUCUCAAAUAAUAAUUAUGGGUGAUUCAGCUGGUGGUGGACUUUCUCUGUUAACAAUUCAAGCUUUAAUUGCUCAACAACUUCCAGUUCCUCGUGGUAUCAUUGUAUUGUCACCAUGGACUGAUCUUUCAGCAUCUGGUGAAAGUUAUACACGCAAUCAUCUUACUGAUGUAAUGAUUUCAGCCGCAGAUAGUAAAUGGAUAGCUUCACACGUAUUCGGUCCUAAUCAUUCCAGAUUAUCUCUUGAUAGUUCUAUUGUUAGUCCUCUUUUUGGUUCAUUUAAAGGAUUUCCACCAAUAUAUAUUAAUGUUGGUACAGCUGAAAUAUUAGAAGAUGAUUCAAAACGAGUAUUUAAGAAAGCACAAGAAGCAGGAGUUGAUGUUACACUUGAAGAAGGUUUACAUUUAAUGCAUGUUUAUCCAGCAUUCUUUCCUUACUAUCCGGAAGCACGAAAUACACUUGAUAACAUUAAUAAAUGGAUACAGACAUUAUUCGAUCGUAAACAUAAUGAAUAA